UCCUCCCUCCCAUUUGGACCUGUAGAUUGAGUCGGUCUUCGCACGAUUUUCCGCCCUCGUGCUCGUUUGAUAUCAACUAUUUGUCUACCGAUCUAUCCACCUCAUCUUUAUCGAUUCAAUAUGCGUCUCCUCGCUGUUUUCGCUCUCAUGGCCAGUGUCGCUGUCGCCAGACCUGCUGAAGCUAACACUCAGGCAUUAUGCGAGGGUGUUGACCGCUACUGCAAUAACAACGGCACCGCCGGGCCCUUCUCGUGCUGCGCACCUCUCCAGUGUGGAAGUGACUUCACGUGCCAGCACCCUUAUUAAACAUUGUGAAUAACGCAUACAACCACAGUCUUGCUUGCACAGAUACAUCGGACCUAUAGAAUGGAUGUGGAUCGAGAUGGCGAGCUGAAUUGAAUUGAACAGGAGCCAUUACCUUUGUAUUUACUACUUAAUACAUGUCAAUAUAUACCUUCUUUAACCUAUCAGACUUACUGUG